CCACACCCUGCCGCGAGCAAGUCGCAUCCUCUUACGCAAGAGACUAGGCAUAACCUGGCUAGGAAGUACCUGUGACGGUCUCAUCAACUAUCGUUAGGCUGUCUUCGAGCCGCCGACUUGGUCCCAUAUGACAAGCUAUUCUCCAAAAGCAAGCACUAUGUGGCGGCUCAGCAACGACGACUUUUAGAGUUCCCCAGGUGAUCGGUUACACCGGCGUACGCGGCCUCUUGAUUGCAGAAGUUCACGGCCUCGCAGUUUUGAUCUCCGGUAUAAAGACCGUCGUCAUGGGCAGGAACCAGAGCCCUGCGGUUCUUACGACCAUUCUGACCGUCUCCGACGAGGCUCCAUCGACUUUCGCUGCUCUUCUGUCAUAGUAUGCAGUGCCCUACCUCCAUUUCUGCCGUCGUGGCCAUCGCCGCCAUAGCCAAUGCCGUCUCGCUCUCCGACAUCUGUACGGUGACAAAGAUCCAAUCCAUAUUGCCUUCCAAUGGGACCCUCCUCGGGUUCGACUUUAUUCCAUCGGUCGUGAUGGCGAGCCCUAUCUACAAUGCGACCACGGGCAUGGCAGGUGGCAUGGAAAGCACUACUACAGCCAAUGCCCAAACUUACAGCUACUGUAACAUCAGCGUCACCUACACACAUCCGGGCAAGGACGACACGGUGACGGUCAAGUACGCGUUCCCCGAACCAUCCAAAUUCAAAAAGAGAUUCUACGUCUCCGGCGGUGGAGGGUAUUCUCUUUCAAGCGAUGCUUCCGGCGGGCUGCAAUAUGGCGCUGCUUCGGGCGCAACCAGUGCGGGCUACGACGCCUUCGACUAUACCUACAUGGACAAAGUCCUGACAGGCAAUGGAUCGAUCAACUGGGAUGCCACCUACAUGUUCGGCUUUCAGGCGCUGGGUGAGAUGACGCUGCUGGGGAAAACCUUGACCCGGAGCUUCUAUGGCAUGUCCAACACCUCAAAGGUGUACACAUAUUUCGAGGGCUGUUCCGAUGGUGGACGAGAGGGCAUGAGCCAGGUCCAGCGGUGGGGUGAAGAAUAUGAUGGGGUCAUCGCUGGCGCUCCGGCCUUACGUUUCGCGCAGCAGCAAGUCCUCCACGUCUUUUCCUCGGCCGUCGAGCACCGCCAGGGAUACUAUCCUCCCCCCUGCGCGUUGAACAAGAUUGUCAAUGCCACUAUCGAGGCGUGCGAUCCUCUCGACGGCCGAACCGACGGGGUCGUGUCGCGAACGGAUCUUUGCCAGCUCCACUUCAAUCUCAGCUCGAUCGUGGGUGAGUCGUACUACUGUGCCGACACCUCCAGUACGUCUCUCGGCUUCGGCUACAGCAGUGGCGGAGGGCCUUCUUCCGCAGGCAGUACCACCAGCUAUGAACCCGACCAGAACGGCACGGUCACUUCCAAGGACGUGGCCGUGGCUCAGGCAAUCUAUGACGGUCUUCAUGACUCCUCUGGCCAACGGGCGUACCUGUCCUGGCAGAUUGCUUCAGAGCUGGGAGAUGCAGCGACGGUCUGGAGCAACACCACCAACUCGUGGACUCUCAGUAUCCCGUCCACGGGAGGCGAAUACGUGACUCGAUUUAUCCAAUUGCUCAACACUACCAACCUCUCCGACCUAGACGGUGUCACCUAUGAUACGCUGGUCGACUGGAUGAACACUGGGAUGAUCCGAUACUUAGACAGCCUCCAAACGACUCUUCCCGACCUGACUACAUUCCGGUCCUCGGGCGGCAAGUUGCUCCACUACCAUGGCGAGUCGGACCCCAGCAUCCCGUCCGCAUCGUCCGUUCAUUACUGGCAGUCUGUUCGUUCCAUCAUGUACGGCAAUCUGACAUCAGAUGCGGCUCUCGCAGAAUUGGAAAGCUGGUAUCAACUCUACCUGAUUCCUGGCGCAGCUCAUUGUGGCACCAACUCUCUUCAACCAGGACCAUAUCCAGAGAACAACAUGAACACUAUGAUUGACUGGGUCGAAAAUGGCGUCAAACCUACUCGCCUCAACACCACCGUAUCGUCGGGCCCCUACGCCAACGAGACCCAGUUGCUUUGCCCGUGGCCCCUGCGUCCCAUGUGGACGGAUAAUGCUACGUUUGACUGUGUCGACGACGAACAGUCGAUGGAGAGCUGGACUUACACCUUCCCCGCUUUUAACCUUCCAGUGUACUGAAUACAACACAACGAACUGGAAAAGCAGACUGAUCGGCAACCUGGCCAGCGAUUCCAGAGGCACCCACGUCUUUUCAUUGAUCUUGUGUACGUUUGAACCAUUUAGACAAGGCUUACCCGGAAAGAAAAGCAAAGCAAAAUUCCCCCUCGCGUCUUUGUUGCCGGGAUCUAGUACGAGUAUCUGUGUGCCUUGUUCUGUCCGUCAGUCAGGUCCUCGUCCGUGCUGGGCCUGCUGCCGCCGUCGUCGUCUAAGGCGACACAACCAUGACCGGCGCGGUCGC